AGUACACACACAUUACACAGUAUGUACACAGUACAUACAAACACAAAAUACGCAAAAACAUAAAGCAACAGACACAGCAAAUCUUUCACAAUCUUUCCACAAUCCUAAACACAUCAGGCAAAACAUCUGCAGCCAGAUGUGGCUGCCUCCAAGUCAAUCAACAUCCUCUUAAAAGCGACCAAUGUAGCUCAGUAAAUUUCAUGGAUUUCUGUAAGUUGUUCCAGGCAGAGGGAGCAGCAAACUUAAAGGCCUUUUUCCCAGCUCAGUUCUAACCUUUGGAAGGAAAAGAUCCUGGGAACGAAGAUUAUGAGAUUACUCUUCUAAAAUGAGCCAACUUAAACUGCUCGAUGACAAACAGCAUUUCUUAUCCAUCUUCAUCAUCAUGUUGGCCCUGCUGUGCUCCGGCCGAGCCUUACCGAGGACGGACCCUCCCAUCCGUCCCGGCCACCCCUUCCAGUUCAUGUGGAACGCCCCGACCGAGCUCUGCCACAUCCGCUUCCACAUGCCAUUCGACCUUUCCCACUUCCAGUUCAUCAGCAGCACGCUGAAGACGGCGACCAACCAGAGCAUCUCCUUAUUCUACACCGACCGCUUCGGCAUCUUCCCCUACGUGGACGAACACACCGGCAAGAUAUACAACGAGGGCGUGCCGCAGCUGAUAGACAUGCAGCAGCACCAAGACCUGGCCGAGGAUAACAUCAAGUAUUACAUCCCUGCCGACCAACCGGGCCUCGCUGUGCUCGACUUUGAGGAGUGGAGGCCACAGUGGAUCCGAAACUGGGGCAGCAAAGACAUCUACAGACGGAUUUCCAUUGAAACGGUCAAGAAGAAGAACCCAUCGUUGACCAAUGCCGAGGCUGAGGACCAGGCAAGGAUUGCUUUCGAACACGGAGCCAAGAAGUACUUCGUCCAAUCUGUCCGCGUGGGGAAGAGGAUGAGGCCCAGCAGACUCUGGGGCUUCUACCUGUUCCCCGACUGCUACAACUACAACUUCAAAAAGGACAUGGCGGGCUUCACCGGAGAGUGUCCCGCAAUCGAGAAGAAAAGGAACGACGAACUGAUGUGGCUCUGGGGAGAGGCCACAGCGCUCUUUCCAUCUAUCUACCUGGAGCAGUUGCUUAGAGACACCCAGCAGGCCAGGCAGUUCGUCCGGCAUCGCAUCCGGGAGGCCAUGAGGGUGUCGAUGCUCCCCAACAGCUCCUACUCCAUCCCCGUCUUCCCCUACAUCCGGCCCUUGUACAAGGACACUACCGACAAAUACAUGUCAGAGUUUGACCUGGUGAACACCAUCGGAGAAGCUGCUGCUCUCGGCGCCGCCGGUGUUAUUUCCUGGGGAGACAUGAAGGUUACCGAGUCCGAGGACUCUUGCUUCUAUGCUCGACGCCACCUGGAGCAGGUCAUGAACCCGUACAUCCUGAACGUCACCACGGCAACACAGCUGUGCAGCAAGGCGCUGUGCCAGGGCCGAGGUCGCUGUCUGAGGAAGCACUGGGACGACGACGUCUUCCUCCACCUCAACCCGCGCCGCUACCGGAUCGAGCAGAAAUCGCGCGGAGGCCCGCUGGCUGUGAGCGGCGGCCUCUCGCAGGAUGACGUCAACUGGUUCGACCGCAACUUCGACUGCAUGUGCUACGGCGAGGAACCCUGUCGAUUGGUCCUGACGGUCAACGUCAUCGACGAGACCCACACGGAAUUGUAAUAUAUAUAUAUAUAUAUAAACAUAUGUGCUCCAUAUAAAGUAAAAACUUAUAUUUACAUUUAUUACAAGGCUUUGUUGAAUACUCGAUUCUGAUUGGUCAAUCACAACAUUCUACGGUCUGUUAUUUCCGUAUAGCAGACCGUUGCCAUGGGCGGAGUUCAGAUCAUAGACUUUGGAGGACCAUUUUCAAAUCAAUAAAAUCAUUUCUAUAUCAAUAUUUUGUGUCAAAUUAUAGAUUUCUUUAGUAAGUAGCCGUGUAAAAAGCAAGAACCCCCUCAGGGUCCGGCAUCACCCUGUCAGGGUUUAAUAACCGGCUCGUUCUGUAAUACCCUUACAUAUUGUCGCUGUCGGGCAGAAACCUCUUAUCUCCAUGUUUUGCCACUUCAGUUUUUGUUCAUAAAUCAAUGCUAUUGGUCACCCUGGGUCUGUCUGUGCGUUUUACAAAUAUUUUAUCAGUGACGAGGCGAUUUUAUCUGACUUUAUAUUUCCUUGCUAGUACUGAUAAUAUGUAGUAUGUAUUACAUUAUAUUUAGCUUACUAGAGUCUCAUCCCAACUGGGAUUUGAACCCUGGUCUCUGGUGGAAGGGUCAGUGGUCUUUCCUGCUGAGCAAUCAAUCAAUAUAUGUUGGUGAUAUUAAUUAUGUUAAAUAGGGAUGUAACGAUGCACUCAACUCACGAUUUGAUGUGAUGCACGAUUUUAAGUUCCUCAUGGUUCUUCUAACAGAAUGAGCAGAAGACUAAUGGCUGAAAAAUAUUCCUUUAAAUUUAUAUAAACACAAAAACAAAAGCAGUGUCCUGAAACUAAAAUUAUAGAUUAUAUUUGUGAAAUCAAAUCCCACAUCAAAAUAACUAAAUAAAGAGAAAAAAAUCUCUUCAUAUAGUUAAACUUAGAAGACGUAGCUAUGUCUGCAGACAAACAAGUGAAAUCUAAACUACAGUAGAUUACGCUGUAGGCCUUUACACGUUUGUAUUGAUUUUUGAGCGAUUCCUGAUGCAUCGUUACAUCCCUAAUGUUUAAAUAAUCUGCCGCUCCUCCAUCCAGCAACCUCUCCCCUGCCCAUCGGCAGGUGAAACAAUGCAUUUUCAUGUGUUCAUGAGUUGAUGUCAGACGCCUGAUGCUGUAAUCCUCAUUAAGGAAUUACUAUGUGUUGCUUAACCCUCUUUAAAUCAAGGCUGAAGACCUAUCUUAUUGAUCUUGCCUUUCGUUAAAUAACCUAUUUUAUCUGCUUUUAAAAGUUUAACUGUUUUAAUGUUUUACCUAACAGUACCUAAUAUUGCCUAACAGGGCUUAAUAGUACCUAGAACAGUGCCUAACAGUGCAUAGCAGUGCCUACCUAACAGUGCUUAAACUGCACUGUACAUUUUAUUCUUGUCUUUUAUGUUUCUCUCAG